CUACAAAACUUAGAUAUCUCAUACACUUCCUCUUCAACUGUUUUAUCUCUUCAAAGUUGUCCCCAAGCUCUUCUAGGCCUUCCUUUGCAAUUGUCACCAACAAUUAUUGCUUAGCUCUCACAAGUUUCACAACAACAAUGAAGAAAGUAGUGUUGAAGGCAGACUUGUAUGAUGACAGAAUCAAGCAAAAAGCUAUGAAAACAGUCUCUGGCAUUUCAGGGGUUGAAUCAGUGUCUGUUGACAUGAAAGACAAGAAAUUAACAUUAGUGGGAGACAUUGACCCAGUUCAUAUUGUGGGGAAGCUAAGGAAAUGGUGUCAUACUGAAAUAGUUUCUGUUGGACCUGCUAAAGAAGAAAAAAAGAAGGAAGAUGAUAAGAAGGAUUCAAUAAAAGUUCCAGAACCUGUUAAGCUUUAUGAAGCCUAUCCACUUUAUUAUCACAUGACCCCACUACAGUCUAAUCAGCAUCACUAUGUUACAAGUGUGGAAGAGGAGGACACUAAUGGCUGUGUCAUCUGCUAAAAUUUAGGAUACCUGAUAUGAAAAGCAAAUGCAAAAAAAAAAAAAAAAAAAAACGUUAUUUUCCAUUUUUUGGGAGCUUUU